ACGGCUCUCCUCAUCAUACACAGCCAGUACGGAUAUCGCGACAUUGCGGCAUGGGGAGACGGUGCCUCCAAUCCUGGCUACGAGAGCAACGUUUCCAAUCUCAUUGCCAAGUUCCGCAGCAUAUUUGCGGCUACUCCCCAGGGCGAGAGGCCAAUCAUUAUCCACGUCCAAUUUAAGACGGUAUGGACCGAUUCCCCCCUCUUCACAGGCAAACCUAAUGGUCCGCCUACGCCACCCAAACCAGACGAUCCUCCUCGUCCACCUUCAGACGAGAUCCUUAUGACGUCUCACGGACACAGCGUUUUUAUCAAUACUCCCCUAGAGUUUCUGUUGAAUAAGAAAGGCAUUAAAACGCUUCUCAUUGCUGGGAUUCCAACAGAUUACGCUGUUAGUACCGCUGUGCGCUCAGCACAGAAUCUUGCCUUGACUGGGAAGUGGGGAGGCCGGGGUAAUAUGGAGGACAACAAUGAAGGUGAUAAUGGUGAGCUUGCCGUUGACAUGCCCCGGAUCAUCCUUGUUCACGAUGCUACAAGGGCAUUUGGCAAGGGAGGAGUGGAUGCCGAAACGGUCCAUCGUGUGCAUGUAGAAAGCUUAAAGGAAUUUGCUGAAGUGCGAAGUGCUCAUGAAGUAAUCAGCGCAUUGGGUCAA